CAAAAGUCUCCAUCUUUCUCCAUAAAGAUUGGCAAUUAUUGAUGUUCUCAAAAUGAGUAGUUUCUCAAUUUUGAAGUUGAAUUAAUUCCUAGCUAGUUAGUAGCUGCUCGUCCUCUUCAUCCCCCCAUCUUGAUAAAGCUACAAUUAAUAAUGAGUUCAGGCAGACCGUCAUCUGCUUAUUUCUUCAUGUUAGCAUCGUUCAUCUUCAUUUCCAUAUCCACUCGUGGUUCUCUUGCCAUUGAAUACACUUAUGUUAGAGCCGCUGCGCCAUCACCAACAAGCGUACGCGACGGAACAAUUAAUGAACGACCCACUGCGCCAUCACCAACAAGAUCGAGACGACGCUACGGAACAAUUACUGAACGACCAACAAUUACGCCAUCACCAGUCCCAGACUUGGCACCCAUUCCUAUCAUACAAUUCUACAAGUACGCGCCAGCACCAGAGCCCACCUUUUCAGAUGACGAACCAGGUUGGAGCGGGUAUAAUCCUUCAAAGCACAAGCGGGCCAAGUGGCAGCUUGAACUUGGCAUUGGCAUGGCUGCGAUUUUAAUUCUCUCUUUGGGAGUAAUCUGCAGCGUUAAAAGAGGAUACUUGUCAUGUCAUGCAAUUCCCUGGGGGAGAAAAGAUGCAAUGAAUGAUCCGAUUAGUGCCGAGGAAAUGAUGAAGAAUUAUGGAUCAAUAGCCCCGAAGCGUUACACCUAUUCAGAAGUGAAGAAACUGACCAAUUCCUUCAAAGAUAAAGUAGGACAAGGUGGAUUUGGAGUUGUAUACAAAGGGAAGCUCCCUGAUGGUGAUGGACGUAUCGUUGCUGUGAAGGUCCUUAGCGAGACCAAAGGUAAUGGAGAGGAAUUUAUUAACGAAGUGGCCAGCAUUAGCAGAACUUCGCAUGUUAAUAUAGUCAAUCUUUUGGGGUUCUGCUAUGAGAGGAAUAAAAGAGCUCUACUCUAUGAAUUUGUUUCUAAUGGAUCUCUUGAUAAGUUCAUAUAUGAUGAAGGAACUUCAGUCACAAAUUGUCAUUUGGACAGCCGAACGAUGUUCCAAAUUGCAGCUGGCGUUGCUCGAGGACUAGAGUACUUGCACCGAGGUUGCCGGACAAGGAUUCUACAUUUUGACAUAAAACCUCAUAAUAUACUUUUGGAUGAAGAUUUGUGCCCCAAAAUCUCUGAUUUUGGCCUUGCUAAACUAUGCAAAACAAAAGAGAGUAUUGUGUCAAUGACAGGCUUGAGAGGAACUGCAGGAUUUAUUGCACCCGAAGUUUUCAGUCGGAACUUUGGUGGAGUCUCUCACAAAUCAGACGUUUAUAGCUAUGGAAUGUUGGUUCUCGAGAUGGUUGGAGGAAGAAAAAAUUUUCAAUCUGGAGCAUCUCAUACCAGCCAAAUAUACUUUCCCCACUGGAUAUAUAACAAGCUGCAACAAGAAGAAAGUCUUGUUAAUACUUUUGGGGAUAUAACAGAUGUGGAAGAAGACACGAUAAAAAAGUUGCUAAUAGUAAGUUUAUGGUGCAUCCAAACUAAUCCUUCAGAUCGACCAUCGAUGGCUAAGGUGAUAGAGAUGUUAGAAGGUACUAGUCUUUUAUCUCUACAACUUCCACCAAAACCUUUCCUGGAUUCCCCUACAAGGUCACCUUAAAAUGCUUCCUUAACUUCACUCAUAAUAAACCAAUCAUUGAGAUGGUUGUGAAGAUAGAAUUUUGUUAGUAGGGGGCUAGCUUAUUUGAAGAGAUUUGAUCUCUUUAUGUAUGUGAUGUGUGUUUAUGCAAAAUAUUUACAGAUAAGUUGUAAAUUUAAUUUCACAAGUUGUAAGGUAACCGUCGACAAAAAUUAUGUCUAUAAUAUUAAAAAAGGAUGCUUGUCAAGCAA